CGGCUGAUUUCUAUUGAUCACAAUGAAAUUUUCUUGCUUCUUAAUAAGUUAUGACGAAUUGGUCCUUCUCCCUCGAAACAUAAUCGCUUGCUUGUUUGUCUUCUGUCUUCGCAAUCAGUGGUCGAAUUUUCUGGUUUUUGCUUUUAUGUGAGAUUUUGCUUAAAUUUCAACUUGUGAAUCCGUUCUCUCCUUCGUUCUUUUUGGGUCAUCAAAGAGGUUCUUCGUCUUGUAAUAUUCCACAACGGUUUCUGGUGUUUCAGAAACUUAGAGAAUAUCUAUAGAUUGAAAAGAUAUGAAUGAUAAAGCUUGGAAUUGGGCUAUAGGAUUGACAUAUAUAGUAUCAGUGGCAGCAAUUUGGAUUGCUGCCAGCUUUGUAGUUCAGUCUGUUGUAGACGCAGGGAUAUCACCAUUCCUUAUCACAUAUAUCUGCAAUUCAUUGUUUGUAGUGUACAUUCCGAUUGUUGAGAUUGGACGAUAUUUGGAGGAUUCUUAUGGGAGUAUAUGGUUUUGGAGGAGUGAGGAGGAGGGAAGUAGCGAUUUGGAAGUGCUAGGGGAAUCAGAGCAGGCUACUCUUCUUGAAGACAAUGUCAGCAACGAUGCCCGUUCAUCCGUGCGGAAUGAAGAGCUUGUCAGUCAGAAGAGGAAUAGUGAAGGGACAUUGGCCGAUCAAGGUAGUUUGACUGAUGAUCUUAAAAAUCAAUUGGACGCAAAAGGGCGUUGGACUCGAUACAGGGUGGCUAAAGUUAGCCUAUUGAUAUGCCCAUUUUGGUUCUUUGCCCAACUCACUUUUAACUCGUUGAAGUAUACUACAGUCACGUCGAAUACUAUCUUAAGCAGUGCAUCCAGUCUCUUUACAUUCUUGGUCUCUCUGGCAUUUUUGGAUGAGAAAUUCACUUGGAUAAAGCUCUUUAGUGUUCUUCUUUGCAUGGGAGGAACAAUAAUUGUAAGUCUAGGUGAUUCACAAAAUGGGCUAAGCACAAUUGCUUCAAAUCCUUUUCUUGGAGACAUUCUCGCUAUUGUUUCAGCAGCUUUAUAUGCAGUUUAUAUCACCCUUAUUCGCAAAAAACUGCCUGAUGAUGAUGGAAUGAAUGGCCGCGCCAGCAUGGCUCAGUUUCUCGGAUAUGUCGGGCUUUUCAAUCUUUUUAUUUUUCUUCCUGUUGCCCUCAUAUUAAAUUUCACCAAAGUGGAACCAUUUCAUUCACUCACCUGGAAGCAGCUCGGCCUGAUUAUUGGUAAAGGGUUGCUGGAUAACGUGCUGAGCGAUUACUUGUGGGCCAAGGCAGUUCUUCUAACAUCAACCACGGUGGCUACUGCCGGACUUACAAUUCAGGUGCCGUUAGCAGCUAUCGUGGACAGUUUGACUGGCCAUGCGCCUAGCCUGCUGGAUUAUCUGGGAGCAGUGACUGUGAUGAUUGGCUUUGGCGGAAUCAAUAUUCCCUCCGAUGCCUUCAAAAAAUCAAGAGAAGCGAGCGUUGAAUUGGAAAACGAGGGUGUGAAUUCCACUACUUUACCCACAAGCCAACAAUCAAGCACCAUGUCAUAGCGGCCUUUGCAUUGUACUGGUUCCUACUGGUACACUGUUUUAUUUCCCAUCUCCGUUUGAGGGCGUAUUUUAGCAACUGUUUCGCAUCAACUGCUGUAACUGAAACGUAUUCGUGUAUCUCCAUCGCAUUCGGAAAUCGAACCGGAACAUGAAAGUUCAAUAGAGGAUUACAUGUUUGCACGAACAUAUGAAAGUAAAAUUCGCAUUUGGAUC